AUGCGCCGCCGGCAGCUUUUUGUUUUGGGCUGUUGUCAGGAGAAACGGCGCGCCCGCCAGCCAGAAGCAGCGGACCUCGCUGCCGAAGCACCUCUGGACGCUAGCAUUUUCAACUCGCUCGGAACAGCAACUCGAGAGGCAGGGCUAGGGAAACUCUGGGGUAGAUCGCUGCACGUCCAUGCACGGUACGCUAUCGAUUGCGUAUUGACGACAGGACCAAGGACUCGACGGCGACCAGAUCCCAGCGCUGAAGAAUACUAUUAUACUGCGCUGGGGAGCCAGCUAUGUCGAGCUGUGGUGGAGACGUUGGCACUCGCAGCAGUCAGCCGUCCGAUGCCACAGCAGAGAGGUCGUGUUGAGGCCAGCGGGGAGGCUGAGCGCAUGUCUGAAGCAACACCGAGGGCAAAAUUUUCAUGGGAUGCCGGAUGGACCUCUCCUUUUCGGGUCCAGGCCAGCAGCGGAUCCUCAGGGCCUGUUAUUUCGCCGUGGCUCUUCCCGCCUCCAGCCGAACAGAACGGCCAACGCUAUAUUCCUACUGCCGGUAGUCUAUAUUUGCGACGGAGAGGCUCCGCUGCUAUCGAUAGCGCCAGCUGUGGGAGAGACAGUGGACAGCUCUGCUCGUGA